GGGAGAAGAUAGAGAGGGAGAGGGAGAGAGAGAGGGAGAGAGAAAGAGAGAGGCUGGAGAACGAGAGGAUGGAGAGAGAGAGGGAGAGGGAGAUGCAGAUGCAGGUGGCAGGUCUGGAUGUUUGUGGAAACAUUGUGGGUCGAGGAGUCAGCGAGAAGACCAGUGUGGGCAUGAACCACCACCAGCACAGAGAGAUGGUUGCUACCAGAGCCGACAAUGAAAACAAUCCAGUCAGCCACAACCCACCCAAGAUCAUGGCCGUGUCAGGAAAACUGGAGCAGGCUAUGCAGAGCACCUCAGGCCUUGUCCGUCCCUCUGCCUUCAAGCCGGUGGUUCCCAAAAGCUUUCACUCCAUGCAAAAUCUGGUGGGCCAGGCAGGAGGGGCCGGGAGUGAGGGAAAGACUGACACCAGGGGCGAGGGCUUCUCUGAGGGCAGAGUAGGCAGGAGGGGCAGGGAUGCAGGAGUAGGGGAGACAGGUGAGGUGCCAGAGGCUCUGCUCCUGGACCAGGACAGUCCAGUUAGGGUGAGUAGAAGCGAUGGAGGGGGAAAUGGUACUGAAGUAGUUCAGGGAGGGAUGUCAGAUUCAGGGAGAAACUCCCUGACUAGUCUGCCCACCUACACAGGCUCGGGGUCUGGUUGUGGGCCCCCAGCAGUCUUAGGGCCCCUCAGUGCUUCUACCAGCCACAUUAACAGGUUGGGCAUGGCGGGGGCAGCUGCAGGUCUGGACAAACUGGAAAAGCCCACCUACCAGAACGGGCUGAGCGCCUCAGACAGCGGCCGGUCCUCCUCAGGGAAGAGUUCUUCAUCCUAUCAGAGGCUCAGCCACCUGAGCGACGCGCCGGCUCCUCUACGACCCUCCCCCUCCUCUGAUGACAUCAUCCAGGACCUCGAGGACCGGCUGUGGGAGAAAGAGCAAGAGGUGCAGCACAUGCGCAGAAACCUGGACCAAAGUGAGGCAGCCAUCAUUCAGGUGUUUGAAGAGAAGCAGCGUGUUUGGGAGAGACAGAUGGACGAGCUGAGACAGAACUAUGCUUCACGUCUGCAGCAGGUUACCCGCCGGGCUCAGCGCUCCCAGGCCGCCCUGCAGGCCCAGAUAACGCGUCUGUCCCAGGACAAGAGGAGACUCCAGGAGGAGAUGGCAGCUCUGCUGGCUCAGAGGGAGGAGCUGGAGAGAAAGUGCCUGGAUUACAGGAAAGAACAAGCUGACAUCUUGCCUCGUCUGGAAGAGACCAAGUGGGAGGUGUGUCAGAAAGCAGGUGAGAUCUCCUUGCUGAAGCAGCAGCUCCGGGAAAGCCAGGCUGAAGUGACCCAGCGGGCCGGAGAGAUGGUGGCCCUGAGGGGCCAGCUGAAGGAGCUCAAUGCCCAGCUGAGGGAGCGAGAGGAGGUCAUGCUGGGCCUGAAGGACUCCUACAGCACAAAGUGUCUGGAACUGGAGAAGUGUGAAGGCGAGCUGAGAAGGACGCUGUCUGAGGUGUCCAUCCUAAGAGAGAAGCUGGGUGUGUUUGAGGCAGAGGUACUAAGUUUAAAGCGUGCCCUCAGUGAAGCAAGCAGGGGGGCAGAAGUGAUUGUGAGCCCUAACUUAGCUGCAGCAGGGCUGCUGCCACCAUGGGGAACUGUCCACUGCCCCCGAAACCCAACCAAGCCCUCCACCAACUCACUCACCCCCACAUCUGACACGCUGCUCAGCCUGCAAAGUGACGAAGCUAAAGCUCAAAGGCAGGAAGCCCAGAGACAGGAGAGGCAGCAGCGUGAGGAAGCUCAGUGGCGAGAUGUGCAGCACCGACAGGAUACCCAUAUGCAACAGGACAUUCAGAUGGGUCAGAACCCACAGAUCAGACCAGAGGCCCAACUCCGCCAGGAGGCCCAGCUCCGGCAGGAGGCUCACCUCCGCCACGAGGCCCAAAUCCGUCAAGAAGCUCAAAUACGCCAAGAAGUGCAAAUGCGACAGGAAGCGCAGCUUCGCCAGGAGGCCCAGCUCCGCCACGAGGCUCAAAUGCGUCAGGAGGCCCAACUCCGUCAUGACUCCCAACUCUGCCAGGACAUGCAAAUGCGUCAGGAUGCUCAUCAGCCACAGCGGGCUCAGGAGGGUCACUGGGAUGAAGCGGGGGAGCUGCGCAGGCAGCUUGAGCAGCUACAGUCUGUACUACGCCUGGAACGCCAGCAGCGGGAACGUCAGGCCCUCAACUUUGACCAGGAACGGCACACCUGGCAGGACGAGAAGGAACGGGUUUUGAAAUAUCAGGCACAGCUGCAGCUCAGCUACGUGGAGACUCUACAGAAAAACCAAGCUUUGGAAAAAAGAAUGAGCCAGUUGGGAGGCAAACAAACCACAGGCUCCACCACCACUGUUAGUUCUACCACCACCACAUCCCCCACCUCCUCCAACUCUCCACCUCCACCACCAGCCAUGUCACCUUUGUCUCCUCAGCAGCCCCCUUCCUUCUCUAGUCCUUCUUCUCUUUCUGGUCCUUCUUCUCUUUCUGGUCCUUCAUCCCUUUCUGGUCCCCCUUCCCACUCUGGUCCUCCAUUUCUGUCUGGCCCACCAUCCCUCUCUGGUCCACUGUCCCUCACUGGUCCACCAUCCCUCGCUGGUCCACCGUCCCUCUCUGGUCCAUCGUCCCUCUCUGGUCCAACAUCCCUCUCUGGUCCACCAUCCCUCUCUGGUCCUCCUUCCAUCUCUAGUCCUCCGUCACUCUCUGGUCCCAUCGCUCUCACCCUCUCCCCUCCCUGUGAAGACCAAAAGGGUCCUCCAUCACUCCACCAGCUCGCCCCUCCCUGGGCCGGACCUUCACGCCUGGAGAGGAUAGAGUCAACAGAGAUAUAGACACAGCUUUGUGAAGUCAGUUCUCUCUUUUUUUCUAAACUUAAGGUGGCAAGACCUCUUACACAAAACCCUGUUUCAGCAUACAGUAGAAAACAAGUUCUACCACAAUCUGAAACACUUUUUCAAAGCAACAAAACUAUCAGGAAACAAACACAAUAUCAACAGGAAGAAGAACUGCAAUCUUCAUUAUUGCUGAAUUUUUACCCUCCUAAGAGGCCUUUCUGUCUCUUUUAGUGGUGCACACCGAUACAUGUUACAUGAUCAGAAACGUGCACCACGGUGAUGUAUGGAAAACAUUAAAAAACCAAGGAAAAAGAGUUCAAAUCACAGCACUAAUACCUGCAUCAUUUAAUGCCCAUGCGAGAAAAUUUACCAGACAAUCAGGGAUAUUGUCGGAAAUGAUCAACAAGAAUAUAUUGUGCUGUUUAUUCAUUGUAAGUCUGUGUCACUGGUUAUGUAAAAGUAGAAUUAGUGGUCAGAGUGUGUGACGUCAACUUACAUUUUUGGCCAGAGAGCGCCUUACCCCAUCCUUCUCAGCAAGUGUAAGAGAGUGAACUAAUGCUGGGAAUCGAAAAAAGAAAAAGAGAGAAAGGGCGUUUAUUUAUUUGAGUGCUUUAAUAGUGAUAUCAGCAAACCAGCUGCGCAAGACUAUUAUACAGGGCUGGACUGUUCUCUGUUUAAAUCUCAGCAGAUGUUGACCUCAAAGGCCAUUUACACACACACACUGAUUCUUCAUGCACAGGAUCCAAUAUGACCCAUUAAAACACGAAAAACCAAGAGAAUUUAUAUUUUCUACUAAUUAAAUUUAAAUACAAUUGCUUCGCAGAUAAUCAGCCCAAACCAAGUAUAGAUUGCAUUUUUACACGUAAGAGAACGUGGAUCAGCUCUCACUUCAGAUUCUCUUCCGUGACUAAAAUGGAACGCUGCAGGUCGCCGGAGCACGUUUCCAGCUGAACUCCAUCACUGAACUGCAAGAACGUGAAUGUACGCGCACAGUUGGAGUUUGAUUAUUAUGAUAAUUGUGUCUUUGUGCAUUCACAGCCAAGAAACUAGACAGUCAGGCAGUCGGUACCCCCAAAGUGAAGAAUUUUAUAGAAUGUAUGAUAUACUUGCGAAAGAAAUACCUAUAAUAGUUAUAGAUUGUAAAUGUGCGGGUGUCAGAAAGUGUGAAAGAGAGUGUGUGCAUGUGUGUAUACAUAUGAAAAGCUUCAGCUUAUGAGAUUGAAGAUAGAGGGACUAGUGGCAAUAUUAAUAUAGAGAUAUGCUAAGAGAAAAGAUGCAUUCCUUAUACAAAAUGUUCUUAGACAUUGUGUAAAAUGCAAAUGAAAACAAAAUGCAAUGAUUUGCAAAUCUCAAGAGGAUAAAAAGAGCUUAUUUUAUAUGAUGGCGAGGCUCAACCUCAUUGGCCGGUCACUCAGAGGGAGCUUGGAGAAGAACAGCUGUCGACUAGGCAUAUGAAUAGGCUUUCUUCUGGGCACCUUGUUUUGGAGGAUUUAUAGUUAAAUUCUCCUAUGAGGAGACUCCAGGGCAGAUCCAGGACUUACUGGCAUUGAAUGGGCUGUAGUGUCUCGAGCGUAGAAAGAUGAUUAAGUUUCAUUCUUGGACUUGUUACAUGAGCAGCUUGAUCUUAGAUCAGUGGUAUCAGAUCAGUAAUCAUAAAGGAUUAAUAUAAAGGACAAUCAUUUAUACUUUAGUUGUAUUUUUUCACAACCUGACACAGGAAACAUGCUGAAUAUGGAAGCUAAUAAAUUGCCGAAAGGGCACAACCCCAUAAAUUAGACUAUAGAGGAGAUUAAUAUCCCAUCUUCAGCUCCUGAUGACUCACCUAUUUUGAUCUAAAACCUCCAUGCUAGUAUUUUUAUGACAGUGUUGCCUUCAGAACAUUCCUUCAAGCUUUUCAUAUUAGUCUGAUAACAAUCAACUAGUUGCAACAGAUCUGCAGGCCACAAAAACAUAACAGGAAUUGCAUGAUCCACCACAUCUCAAAUUGGUUUUUAUCGGGAUCUGGGUGACUGUGAAGGUCGCAUGACUAUGUUGAACUGACUAUCAUGUUCAAGAGAUCCAAUGAGAUGACCUAAGAUUUGUGGCAGUGUGAAUAAACCUGCAGGGGCAUCCAUCAUAAGAUAGGCGCACAGUUUGUUCAUAAAAGGUUUGAUCUGCCCACGAACAACAAAAAUCUCUAGUCUACAGCUCCACUGCCAAGCUGAACAAUUGUUAAGCACCAGGAGGAUUGCCUCUUUUAAUGACUCUAAAAUUUAAAGAUUCCCCCUGAAACUAGUUGAUAUGAUCCAGGAAACAAUAUUCUGAUCUUUUACUGUCCAGUUUUGGUGCGCCUGUGUAAAUCAUAGCCUCUGUUUUUUGUUCUUAAUUUAAAGGAAUAGCUCCCACUCUGGUGCCCUGCUUCUGUAGCCAGGCUGCUUCAAGAUUUGCCUUUUGCGUGUUUAGAAGUGGCAUUCCACAUUUCUUGGUCAAUUCAGACUGUUAAUAAUUUUGUAUGCAAAAAUAUGGCUUGCUGGAUUUUUUUUUUAUCCUCAUCUUAUGUUAACCCAGCAGAAUGUUCAUAGUGAAAUUCUCAUUUAGUCAAUAAUUAAGUAGAUACACCAGCUCUUUUGGUAACGAAUCCUCAAAAUUACUUAAAUCCCUUUUACGCUUCAUUAUGUUUAGAUCCUUGAAGGAAUUGAUUUUGCUACCAUGUGAUUGCUGUAUUUGCUUGUUGUGGCAGCAAGUAUUUCAGCCUGGUGAGUGCCAGUUUGUUCCAGAGGCAGGCCUUGGAACAGUUAGCUGGAAACAAGCGAAGAAGUAUGAUUUAGCUUCCAUUGUUUCCAAAGGAAAAAUGUCAGCCUCAGCCUUUUCUAAAUAAUCAUUGAGCCAUGGAGGACUGUGGCAUGUCCAGAUAAAGCUAGUAUGUAGAUUUUUCUUUUGCUUUACUCCAAAGAUUACAUUCAUCAACGAUUGACUCUCUUUAGCCAGAGUGGACUCUACAAUAUACAUCCGGAUAUAUGUGUUUUGUGGCUAAAGAUUAUAGAGAGAUAAGCAGACUCCUGGUAUUGGUAGAUGGAAAAAAAUGUUUGCUAACUGUAAUCGAUUUAAUGCACACAAUUUAAAGCAAUGGCUUUGUGAUUUAGAAAAUAAAGAAUCUCAGAAACCUAUCAGCCUUAAAACCGGUUUUAAUAUUUACACCAGGAACUAAAAACUCAGUUGUAACUAUCAGGGUGGCCCAGUUCUUAACCUUCCUGGUAGAGUUUACUGGUCAAAACCACAGAUACAAGAGAAGCAGGGUGAAUGUCAUCCUGGCCACAGAAGAAUAGACAUUUGGUUGUCCAUUGCACAUUUGUUUUGCACAUCCAAAAAAAGGUUUCCCAGCAGGCAUUUAUUGCUCUUAAGAACUUUCCAGCCCUUUUGUAACCAAAGCAAGACACUUGCUCGUGUUAGGAGAACAGAUGAAGUAAUGUUCAGUCCAUGACCCUCAGCACCCAGGUUCGUGAACCCUUCAGGAUAGGGGUCAGUCUAUGCUUCAUGCUGGACACUUUAAAGAACCUGGUGUCUUGUUCAUGAUUGGCAAUCAGGUGGACUACAGCUUUGGCUGGUUGUGAAGACAGACUUUAGAUAAAACAUGAAUCCCUUGAUUUGGUUCCACUCAUUUCCUUUAAUUUCAACAAAUGAGUCCAGAUAGAAGGAAUGAGAUAUUGGGUAAAGAUGGCUGAAAUGGGCUUCGUCUAUAGGUUCACCACAGAGGAUAGAGGGAGGAGAGAUGUCCGCAUCUCCAUCGCAGAGCUGUUACCUUAAAUACUUGAUCUAAAAUAAGAGGGAAGAUGAUGGAUGGUAACAGUCACCAGUGUUUUCUGUUAUAUUGUGAAUAAAAUAUAGGUUUAGAAGAUUUUCUAACCAUUGCAUUGUUGUUUUAUUUACAUUUAACACAAUGUUGCAACUUCUUUGAAUUUGGGUUGUAUAAUUUAAAAGCUACAUAAAGCUUGUGGGACUGGAACUUUAAACUGAGGGUGAGUAUAUAUAUCUAGUAAGGCUCUUACUUGCUUUUGCAUAAUUUGCAUAGACAAAAGCAGAGGGCAAGGAAGUAAAAAAAAUAAAAAACAGUAAAAUUGAGAGGUUUGCCUUUUAAAGGAGAGUAUUCAGGCUAACUGCACUAUGUAGUGUCCUACACAAGUUAUGAUGUACAGUAGAGUCAGAUGUGGAUAUCAUGGCUUUUAUAACUGUUGUUUAUGCCAGCAUAAAAAAAAUGUUGCUCAAGAAUAUUAACUUAUCUCUAAGGUAUUACAUAGUAUUAUCAUCUUUAUUACUGUUAUUAUAUUAUGGUGAAUUGAAAGAUUAAAAAAGUGCGUGCCAUCUUAGCUUUUCUUUCUGUGUUUUUUUUUUUUUUUUUUUUUAUGUGUAGCGAGCCGAUAGGCUGACCAUAAUGGUGCAAUCAUAGCAACCUUGUCCAAAAAAUGAAAAAAUAACAAUGUUCCUUUUGAUGUAGGUGAUGUAGUCGCAGUAUUGCAUUGUUUAGAAAGCAAAAUGCUUCUGGUUUUAUACAUGUUUCAAAACUUUAUUGUUUGCAUUUAUGUUAGUAGUACUGCUCUGGCUUGAUUAAAACAAUUCAUUUGUUCAGAUUCAACAAAACUAAUAAAGAUAUGUGAAUUAUUCAGA